AUGAGUGAGUUCGUCACAGAGGCAUUCACUCUUCUGGGUGUCGCUAUUGUGGUUAUUGGUCUCAGAACCACGGCACGAUGGAUUAUGGUCGGCCCUAAGAACUUCCAGGCGGAUGAUUAUAUUAUGCUGGUGGCAUGUGUUGUGUACGGGCUGGAAACCGCUGCUGCAUAUAUGGUCGGCGCGUGGUUUGAUGGUCUCGCAAACAAUUCUAUGACAGACGAAGAACGAGCCACCCUAUCUCCUGACUCGCAUGAAUAUCAUUUGCGGGUGGGAGGCUCCAAGGUCCAGGUGACCGGUUGGUCGCUAUAUACGUUGCUGUUAUGGCUGUUAAAGACAUGCAUGGCUAUUUUUUACUCGCGAUUGACUGCCGGACUGAUCAACAUGCGUGUACGAAUCCACGUUGCCUAUGUCUUGAUUGCGUCAACCUAUAUUGUGACCCUUUGUUCGAUUCUAUUUGGGUGCCAUCCCAUGCACAAAAACUGGCAGAUCAACCCAGACCCCGGCAAUCACUGCCAGCCCGCUGUCUCCAAAAUUGACAUUUACGUGACUGUUGUACUCAACGUCGUGACAGAUAUCUACCUCAUCAGUAUCCCCGCCCCGAUGCUAUUUAAAGCCCGACUACACUGGCGCGAAAAACUCGAACUCCUCGUCCUCUUCAGUGGAGGUCUAUUCGUCAUGAUGUGCGGCAUCCUCCGCUGUGUCUUAAUUUUAACAGCUGGCGCAAACGGCGCUGAACAAGCCGGCAGCUGGGCCUGUCGCGAAACCUUCGUCGCCGUCGUAAUCGGCAACGUCCCCAUGAUAUACCCUCUCGUCCGCCGCCUCGCCCGUCGCGCAGGCCUAUACCUCACAACAAGAACCGGUGCAUCCGAAAGCUACCAGCUGUCCGAAGGAGAUACCGGAGGCGGUUAUGUCAAGCGGAAGAAGUUUAAGCACCCCCUAUCGCUUCCGGCUGAUACGCAGUGGAAUACUGUCAGCGAUGAACAAAUGAUACUACCCACGUCACGCCAACAGCCCCCGACUUGUUCGGCUGGGGAUGGAGACUGGGAUACGGCUAGCCAUGGGAGCCACGGAGGUGGGAUCAAGGUUGUUCACGAGACUAUUGUACACAGCGCGGAAAAGAAGUCACGAUCAUAG